AAAACAACCCAACAACAAUAACACACCAGUUAGAAAGAAAAAACUUGCCACCAUUUUAUUUAAAACACCAAAGUUAUUUAACACCCCCAAUCUCUCCUACAACAUCAUGUCAACAUUUUGUGCAAUACUACAUCAACAUCAGCAGGAGCAAUUGCGUCAGAGUCUUUCGCCACAACUGGCCGGAUCAAUUGUUAAUAUGAGCAGCAACAACAACAACCACUCAAUGCAUCAGAAACAAUCAAGCUCUUCGCCAAUUCUCAGCAGUAGCAGCAGCAACAAUAAUUACAAUACCCUGACAAUGUCACCCAAUUCAAGUGACCCAACAGCAAACAUACUCCAACAUACACUGCAUCUAAACAAUGGACACAUCAGCAGUCACAGCAACAAUAACAAUGGGGCAAGCAGCAAUAACAACAGCAACAACACUAAUAACAACAACAACAACACCAUUCAUCAUAACGACCAUAUUAAAAGGCCAAUGAAUGCCUUCAUGGUCUGGUCCAGAGGACAGCGACGCAAAAUGGCGCAAGAUAAUCCAAAAAUGCACAAUUCUGAGAUAUCGAAACGACUGGGUGCAGAAUGGAAACUACUUACCGAAGGACAAAAGCGGCCAUUCAUUGAUGAGGCCAAACGUUUGAGAGCCCUACACAUGAAAGAACAUCCCGACUACAAAUAUCGACCGAGACGGAAACCAAAAACUCUUAAUAAAUCGCCGGUACCGGCUGGUCACAGCAACAACAACAACAAUGGACAAAACCCCAAAGACUCACACAUGAAUGGCAACAAUACCGGCCAUCUAUCACACAAACAACAUCACUCCAAUGGUCAUCAACACUCUCCAAACAAUUUAACAUCACAAAAGUAUAAUUUUGGUUCUCCCCUGGAAUUGACACUAAACAUGCCACAACGUGUAGCAAAUGCAUUUCCCGCUGCUUUAUCACACUAUCCCUUAGAUCCUACCAUAGCUUUGGAUUUACAAGCCCGCCUACAAGCCAUGUAUGCCGGCAGUUUGUAUCAUCCCUGGCGUUAUUUUGGCUGCACCCCACUAAUUAGUCCCGAAACACCACCCUCUCCACCCAGCAGCAAUAGUACGGGCAUCUCUUCUUACGGCUGCAUAAAAUCGGCCAAAUCAUCACCAACUUUAGCGUUGCCCUCACAGGCACCGCCUAAUAUUAUUUGACCAACUCCUUUACGUUACGGAGCCGUAGAACCUGCCGUUUGAGAAAUUCCUUGCAAAGGAAUCGUUUUAAUUAAAUGUUUAAGAAGCCGAACUUAAUCCGUCAAGUCAAGUCAAAACAACACUGAACAACAAUUUCCAAUAGCUAAACAAGCUUCUUUCUGUACCACAAAAAUAAAUGAAUUUUUGCCACAAGGAGUAAAGAACACUUCUUCCAAUAUGUACUAUAUUAAAAUGAGAUUUAAAUUAAAUGAAAUUUGAAGGCGAAAAAAAAGUAUAUAUAAAUGCGCUUAAAUGCAUAGAUUGGUAUAUUUUUU